AUGGAGUUUCUUGAUGAAUUAAACGAUUUGCCCGGCGUUGGGCGGACGUUCAAGACCAGAACUACACAAGCAGACACGGGAACAGACUUCACACAGUUUUCGAUUUUCCAGAACGAGUCCACGCAGGUGAUUGAGAGCAGUCGCGGUGAUGGAUUAGGGUUGUUGGGGAUCGAUUCCGGGUUCAUCGGCGCGAUAAAGAGGCGAUUGAAUGGCGAGACUGUUGAGGAGGAGGAGAAUGACGAGGAAAGCGAAAAGGGAGAGGAAACAGAGGAGCAGUUGCACACUGCAGAGAUCCCAAACACUCAUACAGUUAGUUUACGCGAGGAGCAAACAGAAAUGGCACUCGACACCGCUGAGACGCAGCCUGUUGUUCCAGAAGAGGAGGAGGAGGAAGAAGAAGAAGAAGAAAAAGAGGAAGAAGACGAUCUGGUUGCUGCUAUUAAGAACUACAACGAACUCACCAUGGAGGAGAAGAUCCAAGCAAGAGUGAAUGAAAAACGAAAAAGGAGGGAGCAGGAGGAAAAAGAGCAACUUGCAAAACAAUUACUUGCAAGUCAAAAACCUCAAAGCGAAUCCAAGCCUACAAAGUCGGUGAACCCUCUCGUUGAGGUUGUGAAGCAGAACGAACUCAUCAAAAAAUCGGCCUUUUCAAUCAAGAAACACGAUGCAUCUAAAUUUGAUCCACAAAAAUUGGUGGACGAAUUUAUGGAGUCUGACGAAGAGACUUUUUCAGAAGCAAUUGGAAACACUCCAAACACGUCUCCCAAAUCCGAGCCCCACCUCGAAACUGUCGAGCAGAAGAAGGCCGAAUUCAUUGAGCUCGAUAGUGAUUCUGAGGAUGAUUUGGAUGAGAUCAAGUUUGCUGCUUCCAAAGAGAGCAUUUUUGAAGUCCGGCAUAGACUGUCCAAAAGAAAGCGUCCUCCUCAAGUGACCUUGAAAAAUCUCAUCAAAGAAGAGAGCCGUCGACAGCUGCAAAAACUGACGGAAAAACGCGUGGAGGUGGUUCUCGAGGAGAAAGAGGAUGAGAUCAUGAAGAUGUUACAGGAAGAGAUUGCGCGUAACAAAAAACUCCAGCAACGCGAGCAGGAGAAGAUCGAGCGACAAAAAAGAGAAAAGGAAAGACUUUUGAGAGGAGAGAUCAGCGAAGACGAGAGUGAGAUUGAUUAUGACGGCGAGGAAGAAGAGGAGGAGGAAGGAGAAGAGGAAGAUGUGGAUGAACAGGAAGAACAAGAAGAAGACGAAAAAGAAAGACAAACCAGAAAUCUCGAAGCAGAUACCGCAGAAGAACCAUCGCAACCUCCAAAAUCUCCUUCAAUCACUUUCGAACUCGAUACACAGCAAUCAAAUAUGCAGAAUGUUUUUGGACCUAUGUCACUCUCUGAUGCCUUUGAUCAGACCUUACCGAAAAAAUACACUGGCAUGGACUCACUCAAGGUUAUGAAAGAUCUCGGACAGAUCGCAGACGAUACAAUGAACACAAGCAUGAACGAAACAAUAGAACGUACAGAGGAGAGUUUUACAGCCACGCAGAGCUUCCAACUCGGAACUCUUCCCGUGGAAGAGCCCGAGAUCCCAAAAACUAUCUUGGAGAGUCAAAACUUCUUGCCAGACACCCAGGUGGACCAGGAAGCCGAGGUUGAGGAAGAACAAGAGUCUGAAGACGAGGUUUCCAAGCAGGCCACUCGGGAAGCAAUUAGAGAAGCCAAGCGUGCUGUUGAAAGAAAACGUCGGGCACGUGAAAAAGAGCUGAGAAGUAAAGGUCUGCAUGAAAUCAUGGAAAAUGAGGCCGAAGAGUCUGAAGAUGAGUGGAAAGGAAUGGGAGGCCACGAUGGUGAGAUGUCCGACGAGGAAAACAGUGAAGACGAGCGGAUGUUGAACGACGAAGCCAUUGAUGUUGACAACGACAAGAUUCGUGCUGCGUUGAUCAAGAACGAAGUUGAGGCCGACGACGAGAUGGUGAAGAAGAUUUAUAAAGAUAUCAAGACCGGUGCAUUCAGAAAGCGCCGCGCUCGUGAUGGAGCCUAUGACCUCGAACUGAGUGACGACGAAGACCAACAGAUUCUGGAUUAUUACAACCGUCGUCGUUUGGAGCAGCAGAAGCAGCAAAUGUUACAGAGCAAAGACAUAAGCGAGCUAGCGAAGGAUCAAACUCGGAAAGCAUUUUUUGACACCAUAGUGGAAACAGAAGAGAACAGCUAUCAAUUUGAAGAAGAACCAGAGGAGGACGACCAAGAAGAAGAAAGCGACGAGGACGAGGACAGAUUAGUGAUGGCUAAGAAGCGUAAAAUCACCAGAGAGCAGGUGAGAUCUAUGAUUUCGUUCUUGGAGGACGAAGAAAAACCUCAGAAUGCCAUUUUCAUUGAUGACGGAUUCGACGAGAUCAGACAAAUGCGCGAGAACUCUGUAGUUCUUGGAGAGAGAAAAGACACAAAUAAGAACGACGUGGAGAUGAUCGAGGAAGAAGAAGAAUUUGGUAUUUUGGCCCGCAAAUCUAUCACAUCCAGUUUCCGCAAAUCUGGAGCUUCUGGAAUCCGCAAAGUGCAAGAAGUCAACGUGACAACUGUCUCAAAACCAGCGGGAGAUGGUCGCGGAGCCGUUACAUUCUUGACCAAAUCAAGACAGUUGAAACCAAAAGAAGCCCGCAUCGAGCAGACUCUUCACAGAAGACAGUUGAAAGUUAGAGGUGGUGAGUGGAAAUCAUAG